AUGGCGGAUCUCGCCGCUCGCCUGACCGGGUUGGCUAAGACGGCGAAUGCGCAGGGUGCCAUUGACAGUGCAGCCUCCCUCUUUGACGCUGCGCACGCCAUCGGCGGCCGUGUCCAGGCGCGGAUAUCUGCGGCAAAUAUGCGCCUGAAGCUCCAGCAGCCUGAGCAGGCAUGCAGUGAGUUCGAUGCGCUGCUUUCGCAGAGCCCACCUCUUGAUCCGAUAGCACAUGCAAUGGUGCUGCGAAAGAGAGGGGACGCGCUGGCGAUGAUGGAGUCUGGGCCGGCUUCUGAGGUCGUGUCUGCACCACUCCGCAUUGACCCGUCCGUUGCAGCGACGACAGCCGGCGAGCUCACGAGACUUGGGUCGAGCUCUAACGCUGGCGGCCAACAUUCCCUCGCAGCCUACGCGUAUACCGCUGCCUUUGCGCUAACCCGGAAGCGAGAGCUGCGCAUCUCGGCGGCAAACAUGACUCUCAAGACAGGUGGCGUGGCCAAUGCUCAAAUUGCAGCCAACGAGUACGACGCCAUUUGCACUGAGGCGGCGAGCUCUGGCGAUCACGACGAGCAGGCGUCGCUCUUUACUUCGAUGCUUCGCGCGGUGGCAGAAGCCGUCACGACUGGGCUGAGACGGGGCGAUGGGUGCAGUGCAGCUCCCAUGGAGCCGCGGCGGCCACCACACCGGCCGGCUCCCAUCUUUGGAGCUGACCCCGGCACCGCAAGAGACGGCGACCUACCUGCCGUCGCUGCCAGCAAGGACCAGCCACCUUCCAGCUCGUCAAUCAUCCCUGGGCGUGAGGAAGCUGCGACUAGCGCAUAUGUUAAUCCGCCGGGGGCACGCGUCGGUGGUCAGCCCUCGAAAUGGAAGGGCGUCUUGACAAAGGCCGUGGCGCUGGCAAAGCUGACGAAGCAGCGGGAGCUUGCAUCUCAGCUCCCUCUGCCCGUUCCUACGGGUGGGCUGACUGGGCUAGGUGCUGCAGCUGCGCUGUGCGAGGCGGCUGCUAGUGCGGACCUGGAGCGGCUUCGUACGAUGGUCCUUAUCCAGGGGCGGACCGCCAUCCACAUCGCCGCGUCGGAGGGAUACCUCCAGGUCGUCCGGCUCCUGGUCGAGGAGCUCGGGUCCGAACACAGCCCGCAGGAUCGAUGGGGAGGCACACCCAUGAACGACGCAGAGCGCCACCAGCACCUCGAUGUGGUACGUUACCUCGAGUCCAUUGGGGCGCGUGGCCACGAGAUGCGCGGCGAUCCGGACGGCCCUGCGACAGAGCUGUGCCGUGCGGCCGCUCGAGCCGACCUGGAGCGGCUUCGCGAGCUCGUGCGCAACAAGGGCUACGACAUCAACGCCGCCGAUUACGAUAAGCGAACGGCCAUGCACCUCGCCGCGUCGGAAGGGAAGCUCAAGGUUGUCCGCCUCCUCGUGGGCGAGCUCAAGGCUGACCACAGCCCUCGGGACCGCUGGGGUGGCACGCCGAUGAACGACGCCACCCGCCACCAACACCUCGACGUGGUGGAUUAUCUGCGUUCGGCCGGCGCGCAGCUGGGGAGCGCAGUGGCGCGCGACGAAGGCCACCGACCGGUCGGAAGCAGCCCUAUCAGGUCCGACAAUGGUCCUGCGGCGGAGCUUUGCGACGCGGCCGCUCGAGCUGACCUGGAGCGGCUUCGCGAGCUCGUGCGCAACAAGGGCUACGACGUCAACGCCGCCGAUUACGAUAAGCGAACGGCCAUGCACCUCGCCGCGUCGGAAGGGAAGCUCAAGGUUGUCCGCCUCCUCGUGGGCGAGCUCAAGGCUGACCACAGCCCUCGGGAUCGCUGGGGUGGCACGCCGAUGAACGAUGCCACCCGCCACCAACACCUCGACGUGGUGGAUUAUCUGCGUUCGGCCGGCGCGCAGCUGGGGAGCGCAGCGCAAGACGCGGGGUCGGAAUCUACAGGCCGAAACAAGAGAGGGCCUUGGAGGCCGGCGCAUGCCGCACAUGAGGUGGCGGCGGCGCAGCAGCAUCUCGAGAUGACCAUCCAGCAGGUUCACUCCAGCUUCGCAAAGUUCGAUGCCGACGGGUCGGGACUGCUCGAGCCCGCGGAGGUGGCGGCGGCGCUGAAUUCGCUCGGCGCUCUUUCUGGAGGACGCGAGGCUGACGCGAGCGAGGCACAGCGCAUCAUGAUUUCUCACGACUACAAGAACGAUGCCCUCACGGCUGAUCAAUUCAAAGACCUGGUGCGCGUCCUUGCGAUGGAGGGGCAGAUCGAGCUGAAAGGUGAGCUGCAGGCCGAGGUGGACAAGAUCACCAAGGCGGAGAAGGAGGAUCCGUGGGCCGUCGCCCUUCGAGGCGACAAGGUCGUCCGUGGUAUGGUUGACAAGCUCCGUCUCAAGAUGGCAGGCUGCGAGGACAUGGACGCAAGCCUUGCCGGAUCCAUCGCGUCGUUUUCGACAGACAAGCGAGGCAGGAGAGGCUGCCUCGGCUGCUUCACAGUCGCGAUUAGCUGCUGUGGCGUCAUACCCAUUCUGCACCCGAACCGGUGGUUCUGCUCGAGUUGGACCAUGCUCAUGGCCCUGCUGGUCGUCUACUGCGCGGUGACGGUGCCGCUCGAGGUUGCGUUCGAAGGAACCUCGCUCAAGAUUGCGCUGGGCUCCGGGGGCUGGCAAACGUGGGAGAUUUGCAAUGUCCUCGGCACACCACCGGAGCCGCCUAAGCGACUCCGUUAA